AUGAGUUAUCGUACCUCCUCCUCCACAGGUGCCUUGCCUUCCUCCAAAAAAACCCAUCUGGAACGCCACAAACAGAUAUUGAAACAGUUGUUGAAAGAAGAGCCCAAUCGUUCAUGUGCUGAUUGUAAAAUAAACAAAAACCCUCGAUGGGCGUCAUGGAAUCUUGGAUGUUUUAUAUGCAUCAGGUGUUCCGGUAUACAUAGAAGUAUGGGAACCCACAUUUCAAAAGUCAAAUCAGUUGAUUUGGAUGCUUGGACUGAUGAUCAAAUUGAAAAUAUUGUACAAUGGGGCAAUGAUAAAUGUAAUGGAUUUUGGGAAGCCAAAUUACCUGAAGGGUAUAUACCUGAUCAAUCGAAGAUUGAAAAUUUCAUUAGAACAAAAUAUGAUUUAAAGAAAUGGUGUUUGUCUUCAACAAUCCCUAAUCCUGCUACUAUCAAGGGCAAACCGACAACAAGUAAUAAUAAUAAUAAUAAUGGCACUACAUCCAACAAUGCAUCAACCAAUAAUCUGCACCAGCAGAAUGCAUCCCACUUGAAAAAGAAUCAAACUGCACCCACCCCGAAGUCAGGAUCGUUAUUGGAUGACGAAUUUGGAUUAUUUACCUCUCACAAAUCAUCAUCACCAGUAACAACGACAACAGCAGCAGCAUUAGCAUCAACUACACCAGCUCAAGCGCGUACCCCACCAAUAUCAGGAAGAGCAACAUCAGCAACCCCAGCAUCGGCACCUGAGUCAAGAUCCACUCAACAAUUACAAUCAGCCCAAUCCACAGGAGGCUCCAUUUCCAGUAACUCAAGACCCGACUUGAAGAAAUCGAUUCUUUCUCUCUAUGCAUCUCCAUCAGCAUCCAACAGUUUUAUACAGCCACAGCAACAACAAAACAAAGCAGAUUCAAGCGUCAAUUCGUUGUCGGAUUCAUUAGCAGGACUUCAGUUCCAAUCAUCCAACUCUACGUCAAAUUUAGGUAAUGGUAACAACAACUAUAGUGGUAGUGCUGGUAGUGCUGGUAUUUACAACAAGCCACAAGCACAAUCUACAGGAUCAUUAAAUGCCACUAUGAAACCAUUAGGAUCGUCUACUACAGCUCCUUGGAAUUCAGAAUGGAAUGACUCAUCUUCAUCGUCUUACGCCACUACUACUCCAAAAUCCAACAUAAACGUUACAUUAGAUGACGAUUUGUUUAAAAACGUUUGGAGUUGA